AUGUCGGGAAAUAAUGAAGGAAAUGUAGAACGUCAUGAGGGCGAUUUUACAUCAGAGCCUCGUGACUUAGACUCCCCUCCUACUCCUAGUGAUACUUCGAUGCCCGAUGUUCCAUCUAGUGAUUGGAGGACACGUAAGUUCAGAGUAGAGAAACCAAAGCACAAGGACGAGAGCAAGAGAAACGCAGAGGAGAUAGCUUCUCGUUUUGUAUCACAAUCAUCGACACCAAACACAACCUCAGGACACAGAAAGAGCAAGAGCAAGGAUAAAAAAUCACUCGAUUCAGUCUCAAGCCAUAUACUAACGCUUCCCGGAUCAUAUUCGAAUUCUGCCUUCUAUGCAGACAUCGAUUAUCAAGAUCCUCAUGUAACGAAAAUGAGCAUAAAUACAUUUGAUGCAUUCGGUCCAUUGGAUGACCUUAUCCAAGUCAUUUACCAGGGAUCGUUCCGCUUCGUCUUGCUCUCGCGCGUCGACUUUGACUCGCUUCUUCCUAGUUGGAAAAUCCAUAUUGGGCUGGCAGACAAAGGGAGAUGGUGGCAGGGGAAGUGGGAAGAAGGAGAUGUUGAUGCUUUCGUCGGAAAGAAUGUAUCAGGCGAUUUACUCGAGGCAUUUGCGGACAAUAUUGCAAAGACUGUGACACAGGGUGAACUUUUCGUGGGCGAUAUUGAGGCUGGUGCCCAGCCGGGAAUGGUUGUCAAAAUGAUAUUUGGCCCAAAUGGGACGAGGCCGCUAGCAAUACCUCUAAAUGAAAUGACUCAAGAAGACGCUGCUAUAUUCGUGAUAAAUGAGUUCUUUAUCCUCGGAUUAAGCGCACAAAAACGAAAAUGCAAGUUGAAUCCUCCUACGUUUCCGUCAUAUUCAAGUGCGCCUAAACCAGUUGCCACUGGUCGUGGACCCGAGGAUCAACUUCGCCCGCGACACUCUCCUCCGUCUACUCCAGUAAAGAGGAAAGUUUCAAUCUCUCCGCCAACCAGACCACCGCAAAACCUACACCUAUUGGGGCCCGAGCAGGAUAGCAGUCCGCCACGGAAAAUCGAGACGGAAAUGACGCCUGGUCCAACUCUUGCUUCCCUUCCAAAGGCAGAAACAUCAAAUACAAAUGCAAAACUAAAACCACAAGUCGUGCCGGUUAAGAAGAAGGCUCGGAAAGUGCAACGGAUGGAGUUUGCCAGCGACGAGGAAUAA